GGGCUACAGUGUCAUGUUUCAUGUAUUCAGCAUUAACACUUCUUGUUUUCAUAUCAGGUCCUGUUUCAGCAUAAAAGUGAAAUUCACAAGACUCCUCUAAGAUGUCUUACAGAAAGGAGCUAGAAAAAUACCGAGACCUGGAUGAAGACCAGAUUCUCGGAGCUCUGACAGAAGAGGAGCUCAGAAAGUUAGAGGAUGAACUGGAGGAGCUGGAUCCUGAUAAUGCAUUGCUGCCGGCAGGGUUCAGGCAGCGGGAUCAGACACAAAAGCCACCAACUGGCCCAUUCAGAAGGGAGGAACUCAUGGCCCACCUAGAAAAGCAGGCGAAAGACAUUAAAGACAGAGAAGAUUUGGUUCCUUUCACGGGUGAAAAGAGAGGAAAAGCAUGGAUCCCCAAGCAGAAGCCAAUGGAUCCUGUUUUGGAAAGUGUGACUCUGGAGCCGGAACUGGAGGAAGCCCUUGCUAAUGCCUCUGAUGCAGAGCUCUGUGACAUUGCUGCCAUCCUUGGCAUGCACACCUUGAUGAGUAACCAGCAGUACUAUGAGGCACUGGGGAGCAGCACCAUCGUGAACAAAGAAGGGCUCAACAGCGUGAUUAAGCCCACACAGUACAAACCAGUUCCUGAUGAGGAACCAAACUCAACAGAUGUGGAGGAAACUCUGAAACUAAUACAAAGCAAUGAUCCUGACCUUGAGGAAGUCAACCUUAACAAUAUUAUGAAUAUUCCCAUACCAACUUUAAAAGCUUUUGCGGAAGCACUGAAGGACAACACGUACGUGAAGAAGUUCAGUAUAGUUGGGACACGGAGCAACGAUCCUGUUGCUUUUGCACUGGCAGAAAUGUUGAAGGUCAAUAACACACUGAAGAGUCUGAAUGUGGAAUCAAACUUCAUUUCUGGGUCAGGGAUCCUGGCUAUUGUCGAAGCGUUCCAGAGCAACACGUCGCUUGUUGAGCUGCGCAUUGACAACCAGAGUCAGCCUUUGGGCAACAAAGUAGAAAUGGAAAUCGCAAAUAUGCUGGAAAAAAACACCUCCCUACUAAAGUUUGGGUACCAUUUCACUCAACAAGGUCCUCGGCUUCGUGCCUCCAAUGCCAUGAUGAAUAACAAUGACCUAGUGAGGAAGAGAAGACUUGCAGAGUUGAAUGGGCCUAUUUUCCCCAAGUGCAGAACAGGAGUGUAGUUCCUGGCUGUGGAGGUCAUUCCCGGUGAUCUGUACUGCACUGUGGAAAUCCAAAGGCAACAAGUGCCUUGACAGAGUAUUUGUGGUGCCUCGGUUCUGUUUUAUGCACUAACAGUUUAAAUUAACUAGUGGCUGUAGUUUUUAUGAAGAUUUUAUCCAGUAGGACUGUUGAUGUUUUCUGUUGAGUUGGAAACUAUUCAAGCCAGUAACAACCUGUCGGUUUUACACUAUCUCGGUAUAGAGCAUAUCCUGGUGUAAAAGUUAACCCGGGACUUGAUUUUUCUAUAAACUUUCUGCACGGUGUUUCAUAAAGUUAGGAUGUGGUAUGCAUGAGUGAAAGAUAUAACUGUUUCACACAAUUAUAGAAGUAUUAAAAAAAUACUUUAUUUU